AUGAGCAAACCAAUCAAGCCGCUUCGCAUAGUUCACAACCCUGUCUUGGCCAGAAUUAUUGAAAGUGGAGCGACGAAUCUGCCUACUGGAGUAACAGCCAGUGGACAACUUUCAAUAUUAGGUGCCAAUGCCGCUGCAGGUAUCCGUGACAAUCGAGACCGCGAGAAAAGAGAGAUAGCUGAGCUGAAUAACCGACUGGCCCGUUAUAUUGAAAAAGUCCGAUUCUUAGAAGCUCAAAAUAGAGUUCUCGAAAGUGAUAUUGGGUUAUUCCGCCAGGCGGCUCAUAUACAUUCUGGCAAAAUUACUGUGUACUAUGAGGCUGAGAAAACUUCUUUGGUAACAUUAGUUCGUGAACACGAUGCGAAAGUUUCCUCCGCCAAGCAAAACAUCCGAAAAUUGGAACCAGAGAUUGCAACUGCUAGAAAGAACUGGGAAAUGUCUCUUGAACACCGUCAAACUGUGAGAUCUGAAAAGAGAAGUCAAAUGGAAAAGCUAUCACAUAUUGAAGCAGAAACUGCGUUUGUCAAACGUAUAAUCAAUGACUGUGAAGAAGAAAAGGGUCAUAUCAAAUCUGAAAUCUCGCGGCUUCGAGGAGAAAUCAAACGAGUCUUGGCUCAACGUGAUAAAGAACGCAGUGGAUUCGCCCGUUCUCAAUCAGCCGCUCAAGAUUUGCUCAAGAAGUUGAAUGGAACAAUCAGCCAACACGAAAUUGCCAUCCGUGAAGAAAUUAACAAAGCCAGAAGAGACUCCACAGAUAAGAAUCGUGACUACUUCCACAGAGAACUUAAUUUGGCAAUGAAGGAAAUCCGUGAUCAGUUCGAAUCGAAUACCAAGAAAACCCGCAAAACGUGGGACGAGUGGUAUAAGAAGAAGAUCACUGAUAUUAAGAAGACUUCGGAAAGAUACACUCUCACUCAGACUCAAGCAAGAGAAGAAAUUCUUCGCAUCCGUUCGUUCCUCAAUGAGCUUCGCGUCAAGAUCUCUGAUGCUGAUACCUUUAACCAACAACUUGCCAAGAGAAUCGAGGAGAUGAAAUAUCGCGAGGAAGAAGAUCUCAGAAUGUUCGAGCAUUCAUUGAACGAAAAGCAGUACGCUACUGAAAGAAUGAUGGAUGAAUGCGCGAAACUUUCAGUCGAAGUAGAACGACUUGUUGAAAAUCAAAUAACCCUCCGCAACGAAAUCGCUUAUUACCGCAAAUUGAUGGAAAGCGCUGAACAUAUCCGUACAACUCACCAAAGCAACUUUGUAAUUGACACCCCUUCCCCACUUAUGCGUACCACUUCUUACCAUUCCCAUGGUUCUGCAUUCACCUUGAACGUUAGAGACACUCAAGAUAAAAUUGUUCACCAUGACAACUAUGACAUUUCCAACUUGAGUUCCAUUAACAGCCAACAGUUCCGCAGCUACAGUAAGGGAGAUGUCAAAAUUAUGGAGCACAAAGACGAGUCAAUCGUGAUUGAAAACGCCGAUAAUUAUAAGUCAAAGGAUUUAUCAAACUGGAAGAUUCAUCACUACGUAGACGGAGCUCUAGUUGGAACAUUUAUCUUCCCAAUUGCCACUCACAUUCACCCAAGAGAUAAAAUUACGAUUCACUCCUUACAAUCGUCCAACUUGCUCGACGAUCUUGUUGCCCAUCAAAUUUACAGUUUCGAUUUCUCCAAAAACACAAAAACUGUUCUUGUUGACGAUGCUGAUGAGGAAGUUGGAUGGUAUGCCCAUGUCGCGUACAGCCACUGA